AUGAGUUCAAAAAAGUCAUCGAUAGGAAUGAAAUGGAAAGGAGCCUAUGACGAUGGUAGAAAAUUCAAACCAGAAUGGCAAAGAGCGUAUCCAUGGGUGAAAAAGGCAGUGGAUGGGUCAGACGAUGCAUACUGCUCUAUCUGCAGAGUAAAUUGCCAGCCACGUCUAUCAAGCUUGAAAAAGCACCAAGAUACCGCAAAACAUUCAAGACUUACCUCUACAAUUGCAAGUAAUCGCACAAUUACUGGUAUUGAAAGAGAAGAUGAGGUAGUCAAGAAAAUAGAGAUACAGAUGGCAGUGUCAGUAACAUGCCAUUCAGCCAUACUUGCUAUCGAUCAUCUGGGUGAAAUAAUUGUUCGCCAUGGCACAGGCAGCAAAUUGUCAAAGAUGAGACUGCAUCGUACAAAAUGCACAAGCAUUAUUAUUAAUGUAAUUUCGAAGGCCUUAUACGAGGAUUUAUGUAAUGACAUGGCUGGCCAGAAGUUUUGUAUAAUGGUUGACGAGUCAACAGACAUUGCCUGUAAGAAGUUUUUGUGUUUGGCUGUCAGGUAUUACAGCAAGAAAGAAAAGAACAUAGUAACAGCAUUUCUUGGCCUCGUUGAUAUUAUCAGCGCCACUGGCAUGGAUCUGUUUACUGCAAUGAAGGAAUGCUUGGUGACUUCAGGGUUAAAGCUCGAAGACUGUGUUGGCUAUGCAAGUGAUGGGGCAGCAAACAUGGUUGGCGAGCACAAUUCUCUUUGGUCGAGGAUUGUCGAGGAAGCCCCAAAUUGCCUGCAAAUGAAAUGUAUAUGUCAUUCUUUGGCUUUGUGUGUCAAGCAUGCCUUCGAACUGAUGCCAUCACAUCUGGGCUUUCUAUUGAAAAAGAUUCCGAAAUGGUUCACUAAAAGCACGAUUCGUCGAGAUGCCUACAAGAAGCUCUUUGACAUAAUUAAUGCUGGAACAGAGAGCUCAAAUCUACCAAAACCAUUCCAGAAGUACAAUGAAACACGCUGGCUGGCGAGGAGUAAAAUAAUAUUUAACAUAUUAAUGAAUUGGAAUGAACUCAAGGCCUAUUUUGGAAUUGCAGAUCAAGAGGCUCAAGCCAGUGUACGUUACACAGCACGCCUAAUCUCAGAUAUGCUAAAAGACCCUAUAAACUAUCUAUAUUUUCAAUUUUUAUGCCCUGUUGUUACGGAAUUUGAGAAAGUUAAUGGAUUUUUUCAAGCAACCAGUAUAGAUGCCGAUGAGCUGGUUCAGCAACUUCAUCUAUUCUUCAAAAGUUUUAAAAGUGGUGUUCUCAGCAGAGAUGGUGAUGCUUUGCCUAUAGAGCAGGUUGACUUUGGCGGAAACUACAUCUAA